UACAUAAGAAGGUUGCAGAAUCCAACUACUUACUACUUAAUAUCCAGUGUGCCGAAGAGCACAACGUUGACUCUGGUGGAAGUGUUUGCUACGAACAAUGUCUUUUCUCUUUGCCAAGGGCCAUGCCUUCAACCCUGAAAAGGACAUCCCAGACCUAGAUGGGAAGAUCAUCCUAGUGACCGGAGGCAACAACGACCCUCGGUAAAGAAUGUAUAACCUAGUUGGCCAAACACAACCCAACAAGGAUAUACAUGGGUGCUCGCAGCGUCCAGAAAGCCGAAGAAGCGGUUCUCGACAUCAAAAAAGAAGCCCCCUCCGCGCAUAUCGUCUUUCUCGAAAUAGACCUUGCGCCUUUAUCAAAUCUGCGGCAGACGCUUUCCUGUCUGAAAACGACCGUCUCGAUAUCUUCAUCAAAUAACGCCCGUGUCUUUGCCACUCCACCGGGCUUGACCACGGACGGUUACGAGAUCCAAUUCGGCACCAAUUACAUGGGCCCAGCACUGCUUACUCGGCUGCUUUUGCCGGUGCUCGAUAAAACAGCCAGUACUAUCCCCAGAAGCGACGUUCGGAUCGUAAACGUUAAUUCCGAGAUGUAUCGAUGGCCUCCAAAGGGCGGUCUUCUUAGUCAGAUCAAGACACCACUUACCGAAAUCAGCACCACGACGCGUUACACCCAGUCGAAACUCGCUAAUAUAUACUUGGCCAAGUCCUAUGCCAAACGAUAUCCUCACAUCAAAUCUGUUGCGCUCCACCCGGGACUUGUGCAGACGAACAUUGGCGGUGGGAUGGUAGCGAACCCGAUUUUAUCGUUCAUUUUCAACCAGAUCCUCACGAGAACAGCGUCGGUUGAUGUUCCUACAGGUGCGCUGAAUCAGAUUUGGGCGAGUUCCGCUCAUUCUGAUGAGGUCAAAAGCGGUGCAUACUAUAUUCCGUUUUUUUCAAGGAGGCAGACAGAAUGGACAUGAUAUACCAGACGGAGAUUGCCGAUGUGGGAAAGCAACCCAGACGGUACGACAUGUACUCCUCGCCUGCCUUCUCUUCAAAGGCCUACGGGAGGAGAUCUUCGGGAGAAGGAGCAGAGGACCGGAAGGGGAAGGGAGUAUAAAGACGGUCCUGAACACGCCUAAGCUCGCAAUCCGUGCAGCCAAAUUCAUGUUACGAACCGGGCUCCUUGGGCAAUUCGGAGCCGUGUACAGUGAGGAAAUAGAUCAGACAGAGCACUGAGGUCUUUGGGUAAACAGCAGCCAAAGAGGGCCCGGGGAGCCCGGAUUCUCACGACUCCGAGCGGAGCCAGGCCCUCGAUUUAAACAAGCACCAUAGGUGUACAUAUUUACGUGCCCAGGGACAGUUUGAGACAACCGUCUUCUGCGCGCGGAGAUAGUGCAUUCCAGUCUCC